GAAGCUCAUUCAAAUCACAGGAAAGCGCAGUUUCAUCAGGGCAGAGCCGGCUGCUGUCUGUCUGUCCGGCCAGUGAUGAGCGCACCGGCGCCGGCUGCUGCAGGCGGGAAGGGCCCUGAAUGACUGAGUGGUCGAUGCGGUUGCGGGUUUGAUUGCGGCAGCGCCGGCUGGAGUGAGGGAUCGACGGGAAGAUGCUGGCCGACAUGAUUGCGGAGGAGGAAUUCGAGUUGAAGGAGGAGGAACCGUGGUUCGACAAGCAGGACCUUGAACGUGACCUCCAGCUGGCGGCGGAGCUGGGGAAGACCCUCCUGGAGAGGAACCGGGAGCUGGAGCAGGGCCUGCAGCAGAUGUACACCACCAACCAGGAACAGGUGCAGGAAAUCGAGUACCUGACUAAGCAGGUGGACCUCCUGAGGCAGGUCAACGACCAGCACGCUAAAGUGUACGAGCAGCUCGACGUGUCGGCCAGGGAGCUGGAGCAGAACAACCACAAACUGGCUCUGGACAACAAGAAGGCCCAGAAGAAGAUCCAGGGGCUGACGGAGAUGGUGGACCAGCUGCAGACGCAGGUGGAGGACCUGCAGCAGAAGGUGGAGGAGUUGAAGCUGAGUGCCUGUCAGUCCCAGAAGCCUCCUCAGAGACGGAGGUCUUCUGCUCGCGGCGCUCAGAGCGUCUCCUGCCUGCAGGAGCUGCAGAACACAUUCGGGAGUGACUGUGAUGCUGAGGAUUCCUCCGUCGACCUCGACAGCUCCACCGUCACGACGUGGCACGAGGAAGAGCAGGCGUCGCUGCGGCAGUCCCUCCGUGCUCUCCAGGUGCAGUUUGCCACUGAGCGUGCUCGGAGGGAGGAGGCGGAGCGUGGCGCCGACCUGCUCGCACAAGAGAACGCGGAGCUGGAGCAACAGCUGUCACAUCUGGAGGGAUCGCAGGCCAGAGUGUCUGAGCUCGAACGGGAAACCGAGGAGCUCCGUCAGCUUUGGAAGUUGGAGUCCUCUUCGAGAUCUUUCCGUCCGGAUUGCUUCCAAGGCCUCCUGCUGCAUCCAGAAGAGGAGAGCGAAGGGGAGCCAGCGGCGGCUGCAGCGAAGAGCCCAUCUGUCCUGAAGCGCUGGGCCAGUGAGCGUCAGAUGAAGGCCACGCAGGCGCCAGACUCCCCCAGCAGGAUCUACGACCACGAGUGCUCCUGCGUGCGCCGGGCCGAGGUGGUGAAGUACCGCGGGAUCUCGCUGCUCAGUGAAGUCGACGCCCAGUACAGUGCCUUGCAGGUGAAGUAUAACGAGCUGCUGAACCGCUGCCACCCAGGGGUGGAGAAGGAGGAGCGGCCGGCAGAUCUGGACACAGCCCGGCCGACCCGGUCCCACUGGGAGGACUUGAACGACGACUUGCACCAGCCGGAGUAUAAAAAGCUCUUCAGGGAGAUCUUCUCACGCAUUAGGAAAACCAAAGAAGACCUGAAGGAAAACCGGGAGAGACCAGCUUCUCCUGCAUCCACAAAAGCAAGUUAAAUAAAUUAAGCAAAAACGCCAACAGAACUUUAGUCAUUUGCACAGAGGCUCUUUAACAGCCCUGACUGUACUGUACCAUCAUAAACGAUCAUUUCAUUGGAUGAUUUCUAAGUUUUCUAGAAGGAAAAAGACCCUCAUUUACCCCCUAUUUGGUGCUAAAAAAAAAAGAGGUCAAUAAACUCUUAAUAAAUGUGAGUGUAAAUAAAGUUUUAAGUAGACAAAUAUCACUUUAAAUUAUUACUGUCGUAAAUAUGACAGAUUUUCACUUCUUAGCACUUUUUAAAUUUUCUCAUCUGUUCAGCUGCUGCUCCUCAGGGGAUCAUUCUGUUGAUUUAUGUCCGAAUGUAAAAAAAAAAAAAAAAUUGCACAUGGAAUUUAUAUUUUUUUUCCUUUAAGGAGCUCUUUCUUUCAAGAAAACAAAGGGAAUCCCUUAAGCAAUAUCUUUUGUAUAUUUGGAUCUGUUUAAAUGGCCUGACGAAUGGAUGACCUUCAGAGUACUCAGAAGGUCAUGGAUGCCUUUAGUUUUCACUGUAAAUGAUUUAGUUGAUUGUACGGUAGGUUAGUUGGCUGUGAAUGUUGUAAGCAUCUGAGCAUGGAAUCAGUGAAAGGCUUUAAAAAAAGGAAUUCUAGAAGCUUCUUUCAGCUGCAGUUUGCUUGCUUUUGUUGUGUUAAGCUUAAAGUCUGUUUGUAAAACCACACCGAAGUGCACCUGGUGUCCUCUUGACAUGGUUAUGGGGGUCGAUGGUGAAGCAUGGCGGGCUCUUGAAUUCACAUUGGAGAUGAUCGGGACACCUUGACUGGAUGUUUCUGCUUUAAGCCAUAAACGGAACAAGCUGUACAUUAAUUAAACUGCAUUUGUAAAUGUC